CACAUGGCGGCGUUGUAGACUUGUGUUUCACCACUCCUGCUUGGUGGCGCAAAGUGAAGGUUUCUUUUUGGAAUUCUUUUGCCCCUACGUCAGCUGUAGCUGCUCAAAUUGCCAGUGUGGUUCGCGUGGAGUGGGGACUCGCUUCAGCAAGGAAAUCAGCCAUCAAUGGGCUCGAGCGGACAACUUCAGAACAGUCCUGACGGAGUCACUGACUACAAGGAUUUCUUCUGAAACGGGAGCUGGACUAAAUCGUUAAAAUGUACAGGCCUACCAGAGCAUUUCUACUGAUGCUGGUCGUCGGGAUCUACGCGGAUACUCUGGACCAAGGGCCAACAGCAGGCUGUACCUUUGAAGAGGACUCUGACCCUGGACUAUGUGAAUACAAGCAGGGUCAGGAGGAUGACUUUGACUGGCAGCUCAUGAGGGCAUACAACUGGCCACUCACCACCCCCGACCUGCUACGAGGGUCUUUCAUGAUGGUGAACUCUUCCCAACAUGCCGCAGGGCAGCGGGCCCAUCUCCUGCUCCACUCGCUGAGUGAGAACGACACUCACUGCAUCCAGUUUAGCUACUUCCUGUACAGCCGCGAUGGCCACUCCCCCGGGGACCUGCAACUCUACAUCCGAGUGAAUGGUGGCCCGCGGGGCAGCUCAGUCUGGAAUGUCUCCGGUUCACACGGACACCAGUGGCACCAGGUGGAGCUAGCCGUUAGCACCUUCUGGCCCAGUGAAUACCAGGUGGUGUUUGAAGCGUCCGUCUCGGCAGAACGGCGAGGCUACAUCGCCCUUGACGACAUCCUGCUGCUCAACUACCCCUGCUACAAGGUUCCCCAUUUCUCUCGGCUGGGGGAUGUGGAGGUGAAUGCAGGGCAGAAUGCAACCUUCCAGUGUGUGGCCACUGGCAAGACGACUGAGACUGAGCCAUUCCUGCUGGAGCGCCGUAACGGCUUGGUUGUGGCUGCGUCCUCUGUCCAACGUCUGAGCCACAAGCGUCUGAUGGCCACCUUCCAGGUGGAGGCUGAGAGGGGCGAGCAGGACCUGUAUCGUUGCAUCACGGAGUCAACGCGUGGAGCUGCCGUGUCCAACUUCGCUGAACUCAUCGUUAGAGUGCCCCCAACCCCCAUCGCCCCUCCCCAGCUUCUCCGAGCUGGCCCAACCUACCUGAUCAUCCAACUCAACACCAACUCCAUCGUGGGAGAUGGCCCUGUGAUUCGCCGGGAGAUUGAGUACCGGGCUAGCCAAUCGCCGUGGUCAGAGACACACGGCGUGGGUUCGCUCACCUAUAAGGUGUGGCAUCUGGAACCUGACACAGAGUACCAUAUCAGUGUUUUACUGACCCGGCCAGGGGAGGGGGGCACAGGGGCUCCUGGACCCCCUCUUGUCAGCAGGACGAAGUGUGCAGAACCCAUGCGUGCUUUGCGGGGCCUCACGGCCACAGAGAUCCAGCCUCGUCAGCUGGCCUUACAGUGGGAACCUCUUGGCUACAACCUGACACGCUGCCACACCUACUCAGUCUCGCUGUGCUACCGCUACUCCACCCCUGCAGGGGGCAGUGCUGGGAACAACGCCACGGUGAGGGAGUGUCUCUCCGUAGAGAGAAACCAGUCACACUUCACCCUGAGGGACCUGCCCCCGUUCCGCUCCGUCCAUGUCAGGCUUGCUCUGUCUAACCCAGAGGGCAAGAAGGAGAGCAGGGAGGUGACCUUUCAAACCGAGGAGGACAUUCCUGGUGGCAUCGCCCCCGAGUCCCUGACCUUCACCCCAUUGGAUGAUAUGAUCUUUCUGAAGUGGGAGGAGCCUGUGGAACCCAAUGGUGUCAUCACACAAUAUGAGAUCAGCUACCAGGGCAUCGAGUCAUCCGACCCUGGCAUCAACGUUCCAGGCCCUCGCCGUACCGUGUCCAAGCUGAGGAACGAGACGUAUCACAUGUUCUCUGGCCUUCACCCCGGAACCACGUACCUGGUGUCUGUGAGAGCCCGUACUGCCAAGGGCUUCGGACAGACGGCGCUCACGGAGAUCACCACCAACAUCUCUGCCCCGGUGUUCGACUACGAGGACGUCCCGGCCCCACUCAGCGAAUCAGAGAGCACCAUCACGGUCCUGCUGAGACCGGCGCUGGGCAGAGGAGCACCAGUCAGCGCCUACCAGGUGGUGGUGGUGGAAGAGGACGGCUCCAGGCGGCUGAGGAAGAGGAAGAAAAGGAGAGAGCUCGGUAGCUCAGAUUGCUUCCCCGUGCCGGCGUCCCAUGGGGAGGCCCUGUCUAAGGGGGCCCCUCACUACUACACGGCCGAGCUGCCCCCCAGCAGUCUCCCUGAGGCCACCCCGUUCACCGUCGGUGACAACCACACCUACAAUGGCUACUGGAACAGCCCUCUGGACCCCUCCAAGAACUACCUGGUCUUCUUCCAGGCUACCAGCAACUUCCGAGGGGAGACAAGAAUCAACUGCAUCCGGAUUGCUCGUAAAGCUGCUUGCAAGGACCAUAAGCGGGCCCUGGAGGUAUCCCAACAUGCAGAGGACAUGGGUCUGAUCCUGGGGGCCUGUGCUGGGGGUCUGGUGGUCCUCAUACUCCUGCUGGGAGCUAUCGUCAUCGUCUUCAAGAAGGGAAGGGACUUCUAUUCUUAUUCUUACUACCCCAGGAAGAAGGUGGCCCUGAACAAGGCAGCCAUGUCGUACCGCCAGGAGAAGACCAGGAAGUUAGGUUCUCUGGACUGUGGCAUGACGGAGCAGAGCACCCUGCAGCAGGAUGAGCGCACCGCCAACUCCUUCGUGGACGCCCACGUCUGCAACACACGGAGUGAGCAGAGGAGUUCUGUGAAUGAAUCCAGCAGCCUCCUGGGCGGUUCCCCCCGCCGCCACUGUCGUAGGAAGAGCUCUCCGUACCACACGGGUCAGCUCCACCCCGCCGUGAGGGUGGCCGACCUCCUCCAACACAUCAACCAGAUGAAGACAGCCGAGGGGUAUGGCUUCAAACAGGAGUAUGAGAGCUUCUUUGAGGGAUGGGAUGUUACUAAGAAGAAAGACAAGACUAAAGGGAGACAUGACAGUUUGCUGGGUCAUGAUCGUCAUCGAGUCAAGCUACACUCCCUCCUAGCAGACCCCAACUCGGACUAUGUGAAUGCUAACUACAUCGACUUGUUCCUUAAACUGAGACUCAGCCAUACGAUCAGCUGUGGGAUCCAAAGAUAUUGCAGAGUGACUUAUGAUGGGUACCAGCGAUCAAACCACUUCAUAGCCACCCAAGGUCCCAAGCAGGAGAUGAUAUACGACUUCUGGAGGAUGGUGUGGCAGGAGAACUGCUUCAGUAUCGUCAUGAUCACUAAACUGGUGGAGGUGGGCAGGAUGAAGUGCUGUAAGUACUGGCCAGAGGACAGCGAACUCUAUGGAGACAUCAAGAUCACACUGCUGAAGACGGAAACACUGGCGGAGUACACCGUCCGCACCUUCGCUAUGGAGCGGAGGGGCUACCCGGCGAAACACGAGGUGUGUCAGUUCCACUUCACCUCCUGGCCGGAGCAUGGGGUUCCGUACCACGCCACGGGCCUGCUGGCCUUCCUGCGUCGCGUCAAAGCCUCCACGCCCCCCGACGCUGGGCCCGUGGUCGUCCACUGCAGCAUGGGAGCGGGCAGGACAGGCUGCUACAUCGUACUGGAUGUCAUGCUGGAUAUGGCCGAGUGUGAGGGAGUGGUGGACAUCUAUAACUGUGUCAAGACUCUCUGCUCCAGGCGCAUCAACAUGAUACAGACGGAGGAGCAAUAUGUGUUCAUCCAUGAUGCCAUCCUGGAGGCGUGUCUGUGCGGAGAGACGGCCAUACCGGUGAAUGAGUUUGCUUUGACCUAUAAAGAGAUGCUGAGGGUGGACUCUCAGAGCAACACCUCCCAGCUCAGAGAAGAGUUCCAGACGUUGAACUCGGUGACCCCUCACCUGGACGUGGAAGAGUGCAGCGUGUCCCUGUUGCCUAGGAACCGCGAGAAGAACCGAAGCAUGGACGUUCUACCUCCCGACCGCGCCCUUGCCUUCCUGGUCGCCGCCGAGGGCGUCUCAGAAGGCAACAACUACAUCAAUGCCGCGUUGACCGACAGCUUCCACCGCUCCACCGCCUUCGUGGUCACGCCCCACCCGUUGCCGGGGACCACGGCGGACUUCUGGAGGCUGGUCUACGACUACGGGUGUACCUCCGUGGUGAUGCUCAACCAGAUCAACCAGUCCAACUCUGCCUGGGUGAGAAGAGGGGAGCCAUGUCUACAGUACUGGCCAGAGCCUGGCCUGCAGCAGUUUGGACCCAUGACCGUGGAGCUCCUGUCCGUGUCAGCUGACGAUGACAUCAUUAUUCGUUUGUUCCGGGUUCAGAACAUCAUGCGGGACUCUACUGAUCAGACUCAGAGCUGCCCAGCAACAGGAACAGGGAGGGAGGAUGAUGCUCACAUUCCUAGCAAGCUCCAGGAGGGCCAGCUGGUAGUUCGUCACUUCCAGUUCCUGCGCUGGUCUCCGUACCGUGACGUGCCAGACUCUAAGAAGGCCUUCCUCAGCCUCCUGGCCCAAGUCCACAACUGGCAGAGGGAGUGUGGAGAGGGACGAACUGUUGUCCACUGUCUUAACGGUGGCGGAAGGAGCGGCACAUUCUGUGCUUGUACCAUGCUACUGGAGAUGAUCCGUCAUCACAGCGUGGUGGAUGUGUUCUACGCUGCCAAGACGCUACGCAACUCCAAACCCAACAUGGUGGAGACCAUGGAACAGUACCGGUUCUGCUAUGACCUGGCCUUGGAGUAUCUCGAAGCCUUGGACUGCCUGAAUGAGAUAGAAGUGAGAUAGCACAGAUCCCACAUCUGCUCUGGCCCUGCAGAGAUGACAUGGAGUCUUGGGCCUAGCAUGGAUCGCCUGGGCCUCCCAGCCUGGAUCGCCUGGGUCUCCCAGCCUGGAUCGCCUGGUCCUCCCAGCCUGGUCCACGCUUGAGUUUACAACCUGAGUCUGGCCUGACACCACUCUGUUUCUCUCUCUACACGUCUCGAACUAGCACAGAUGUUUCAGACCAUCUUAACCACUUUAUCCUUGGUUUCAUCCCAGUUCUACAGCUUGGGUUUAGCCUAGUUCCCCACUAUGCUCUGCUCCACUUCCCUCUCUUCUCUUUCUCCAGGUCUAGGUGAUUCAGUGUAUCUGCUGCCAUUACAGACCUGGACUCUACUUUGAGAAAGAGAGGGAGACCGAGAGAGUUUUUGGGACAUGCUACCUGUUCUAUCCUGUUCUCUUUCCUUUUCCUCUUUUCCCAUUUGUAAGUUUCUCUGUUCUGUGCAACAUACUCUCUGCCAAACCCAAGGAACAGUACAAGGAAAUGGGCGAGAUUGUCACUGGACGUUGAUUUGGUCACUUGAGCCCUGGUGGUGCACGCAAAGGUCUCUGCAACUCCCUGCCUUAUUUUACUAUGUCAAAGACAACAACAAACACAUAAAGAGAGCUGAAGUUCAACAAGACAAUGGCAUUGCAAAUCAACUGCAGCAGAAAAAAUAUGUCAACUAUCGGGUGAUCUUGUGUGUUUGUUUUGUAAUACGCUGUAAUUGGUGCAAUGAUCUACUGUUGGUGAACAUCCCAUGUUGUUCCUGUACAUGAGUGUUUUCUCUGAGGACACCGGAAUUACGUUGAAUGGCUAUUUUUUCCCAUUGGGAGAAUAUACGUUUACGAAAAGAAUGAGACUGAAUUAAGGUUGGGUGCAUCAAACCCAUGGACAUACUGUACAGAAAGAACCCAUCUCGGAUUGAACAUUUCCUUUGUAUUAUUGUUUAUUAUUUAUUGUUUGUGUAAAUAGAUUUUCCAGAUGUUUCUAAAUGUUUGUCGUCUUAACUCUGUGCCAAUCCAUUCUCUUUGUGUCUGAGAACAUCAUGGUCUCAUUAGAAUAUGUCAAAAAUAGUGACAUUUAACCAUUGUAGUUAUACACCCAGUUUGACACAUAACUUUUAUGUCUCUUUGGGUGACAUAUUACAUUAUAUUUGUAAAAAGAUACAGUAUGUCUUCUAUAAAUGGGGACCACUUGAGCACCUGCAUGCCAGUAACUCGUUAGUGUUUCCAUUGCAGUUUGUGACCCGGUCUGCUUUAAGGGACUGUCCCGUCUGCUACCAGAAACUGGGGUUGCAAAAUUCCCAUAGCUUUCCCGAAAUUCCCAUGUUUUCCUGAAAUCUUGAUUUGUGGAUGUCGUAAUCAAGAAAUGAAUAAGCAAGGAGAGAGUCCUCCCCUGGGAAACCUUUUGACAAUGUGGGGAGAACCCUAUGACAAAAACCUAUCAAGUUAGGGGACGUUUUGCAACCCCACACAAUCCUUAAACAGAAAGAACAAUGUAAAAACAAAAAAAAGAAGACAACAAAAGAUGCUGUCUCUUUGUGGGUACAAAGGUGAUCAGUUUGCAAAAGAAGUUGCUUUUUAAAUUUGUAUUUAUUAAAUCAGUGUGUUUUUUUUUUUCUAAACAGUGUAUAAAUGAAAAUAAAUAAA